UCGUAAGUUCGUGAUCCAAUGAGUCGAGCCUGGAAAAAUAAAUAGAACUACGUGAUUAAAUUCUUAGUUGAUUCACAACUUUCCUUGUUUCCCUAUUCUUUUUUCGUACAUUAACCUCUUAAGCGAAAAGAUCAGAUUUAUCGUGCAAAUUUAUAUCCAAAACGUUCGUAAAAAUCAUAAUUCAUUAACGACUAUCAACCAAUAGCUGAAUCUGCUGUGUACUAUGUGAUUAGUUUUGUUUACUUCUAACAGAGAGGAAACUUACUGCCUUUAGCUUUUACUCAACUUAACAAUACGAUAUACGGUAUACAUAGAGUCAAUUGCGCCUUAUGGCAUGCUGAUCUGUAAACUAUCAAUUCUGCACAACAAAUAUUAAAGUUAGUUGUGAUGACACACGCUUGACAUAAACGUUUUUGAAGCUUUAACAUGUUGAGUUCGUCACAUACUCAUGUCGGCCGUCGUGCAAGACAAAUUUCUAAUAGUGAUGGAAAUACAGAAUCUGGAGAAACUAAACCUCUGACAGAAGCAGAAAUGAAUAAGCUAGGGGCAAAAAUUGUUAAAGCUGAAAUAAUGGGCAAUACUAAACUUGCUGAUGAAUUAAAAAUUCAGUUAGAAAAUGCUAGAGAUAUCGCAAAAAAUGUUCAAAUAUGCAGUACAGAAGAAGUCCAAAAUGUAAUUCUUACACAAACUGAUUCAAAAGGUAUUACAAGACCAUUGGAAUCCAGAGUUCAAACUAUAAAAUCUUCACAAAAUAGUAAACGGAAAAAUAUAGAAACACAUGUUUGUAGAAAGAAAGUGAGACAUUACUUUGAUGAUGAUAAAUAUUCAUUGGAAAAUUUGUUCCAUAAAGAAAAAGGAAGAUCUACAAAUGAAGAUGAUGCAGCAUUUCUUAAAAUUGCUUCUAAGAAUGGAGAUAUGGAUGAGAUGUUUGAGGAACACAUUACGCAUAUUAAAUCAGAUGCUGAACAAAAUAAGAAAGAUCGUUCAUGUGCAAUUAAGGAACAUAAACGUUUAUCGAAAAGUUUGGAUAAUUGUUAUUGGUGUAUUGAUUCAAAAUACAUGUUAAAACACAUGAUCAUUACAAUGGAUUCUGAUAUUUGUUUAAGUCUACCUCAUUAUACCUCUUUGACUUCCGGGCAUUGUAUAAUAACACCCUUACACCAUAUUGCUUGCCAAUUACAAUUGGAUGAAAAUAUUUGGGAAAAGCUGAAGAUGGUUAAAGAAGCUUUAUAUAAAAUGUUCAUGGAUCAAAAUUUGUAUCCAGUGUUCUAUGAAAUUUACAAGAGUCGUCACAAAUUUUCACAUAUGCAAUUGGAAUGUGUUCCACUGAAGAAAAGAAUCGGUGAAUUAGCACCAAUAUACUUUAAGAAAGCCUUAUUAGAAUGUGAAACUGAAUGGUCAAUGAACAAAAAAGUAAUCAAUCUUGAAAAUAAAGAUGUGCGUAAAGCUAUUCCAAAUGGUCUAUCAUAUUUUAUGGUAGAAUUUGAAAGAAAUAAAGGAUAUGCUCAUGUUAUUGAGGACGAGCAUAUGUUUCCGACAAAUUUUGCACAGGAAAUUAUAGGUGGGAUGUUGGAUCUAAAUCGGGACAUAUGGAGAAAGCCAAAAAAAGAACAUUUUGAUCAACAACGUGAGAAAGUAUUAAAAUUUUCAGAGAUAUGGAAAAAGUAUGAACCUGAAAUUAAAAAAUCAUAAUUAGGUAUGAUUCCUUGAUGAUUUAUAAAUAAAUAAUGAUUUAUAAAUAAAUGUAAUUUUUGCAAAUAAUUGCCAACAAAUUAUCGCAAUACAUAAUUUUUUUUACAAAAAUUUUAAUAUAGGUGAAUAAAGUUUUAUCUACAUUAUUCAUUUAUUUAGCCUUAAAUGUAUAAAUACAUACAAGAAGUUUCUAUAUAUUAUAAAAAUGUUCGAUAUAUAUAACAUAUUUAUUGUAAUCUUCAUGUUUAAUAAAAACCUGUUACUGGUA